AGAUGAUGGUUCGUUUACGCGUUGAAUGAGUCAAAAACCAGCAAAGAAAGACUAGUUUUUUCCACCAGGGAACUUUCUCUGCAUACGCCUACACCUCAUUUCCAAUCCCCCCAAAAGCCAGAAGCUCUUCUUCCUUGCUCCCUCAAAUCCUCCAUCUCCCUUUAGAUAAGUUUUGCGAGGAAACGAGUGACCGACAUAUCUAUCGAUGGGUGUGAUCAAGGUGUCCCAAUCCUUCAGAACAAAAGUGACCCCAAGUAGGAUGUUCAAGGCCCUGAUCUUGGAUUCUCACAACCUCUGCCCCCAGCUCAUGUUCUCCUCAAUCAAGAGCAUCGACUUCCUCCAAGGCAAAGGCGAGCCCGGAACCAUCAAACAGAUGAACUUCACCGAUGCUAGUCCAUUCAACUACGUGAAACAUAGGAUCGACGAGAUGGAUGAAGAGAAGUUCAUGUGCAAGUACACUUUCAUCGAAGGAGAUGCGUUGAUGGACAAGCUUGAUCACAUCACUUAUGAAGUGAAGUUCGAACCGUAUGGCUUUGGAGGGUGUAUUUGUCGGAUAACAAGUGAGUAUUACACAAAAGAGAAUGUGGAGAUAAAGGAGGAAGAUAUUGAGCUUGGGAAAGAUAGGGCUAUUGGGAUGUAUGAAGUUGUGGAGGCCUAUCUCUUGGCACACCCUCAUGCCUAUAAUUGAUCUGUAUUUCAUUUUCUAGAGACUUUGUAUACAUCACUCUCACUCUAUUUUUUUCCCUUUUUCUUUGAAUUUUAUCUUUGAUGUGGUUGUAUAUGUAUGGUUUGUAGGUCAUAAUAAUAUUAAUUAAUUUGGCCGCUUUUAAUUUCCCUAUA